CCUCUUCUGAUAGUGAAUGUUGGAGAACAAAUUGGACAUCAACAAUGGAUCGUUUCCCUAUUGAAUUGUUACAAGACCAGGUGCUUAGAGGGAAUAAAAUUGGUCAUGGAUUUGUGGCCGAGGCAUGGAUUGAAAUGGUUAGACUGUUCAAUGCAAAAUUUGGAUCUCACCAUGACAAAGAUGGUCUGAGGAAUAGAUACAAACAUUUAAAGGGACAAUAUAAUGAUAUAAAGGUUCUUCUUGAUCAGAGUGGGUUUUCUUGGGAUGAAACAGGAGAAAUGGUAACUGCUGAGGACUAAGUCUGGGAUUCUUAUACCAAGGUGCAUCCUGAUGCUCAGUCAUAUAGAAAUAAAUCGGUUCCAAGCUAGCACAAAUUAUGUGUUAUAUAUGGUGAAGAAGUUUGUAAUGGAAGAUACAGAAUUUCAACGUGCAAUGCAGAUCUUGACAGUGAAGAACCAGAUUUGAGAAUUGUAGGGGUGGAUAUCCAAUGCUAUGCAAACAGUGGUUGUUCAACAACAGAUUGGACACUUUCAAUGGACCGUUAUCUCAUAGAUGUAAUGCUAGAGGAAGUGCAUAAGGGGAAGAAGAUUGAUUACACUUUCAACAAUCAAGCAUGGAUAGAUAUGUUUAUGUUGUUCAGGGAACGAUUCUCAUUACAACAUGACAAAGAUUUUCUGAAAAGUCGUUAUAGAAGUUUGGAAAAGCAGUACUUUGAUAUGAAAAAUCUUCUUGAACAGAGACGAUUUUCAUGGGAUGAAACACAGCAAAUGGUCACAGCUUUUGAUGAUGUUUGGGAUGCAUAUGUGAAGGAACACCCAGAUGCAAAACCAUACCGAAUUAUGCCGAUAUCAAAUUAUAAUGACUUGUGCUUGAUUUAUGGAAAUCCAGCUUCUGAUGAAUGGUGUAAUGAAGCGCGUCAAGAUCUAGGAUGUAACGGUUUUGAAUUCUUUGAAGGUGCCAGACUUAACAAUAACUAUCACCAAAGAACUGAUUGGACACCAUCGAUGGACCGAUAUUUUAUUGAUCUAAUGUUAGAGCAAGUUCGCAAUGGAAGUAUGGUUGAUCAAAAAUUCAACAAGCUAGCCUGGAGUGAUAUGAUUGCAAAGUUUAGUGCAGAAUUUGGGUCUCAGCAUGACAAAGAUGUCCUAAAAAGUCGUUUUAUGAACUUGAGGAAGCGGUUCAAUGAUAUGAAAACUCUACUUGACCAGAGUGGUUUUUCUUGGAAUGAAAUGCAACAGAUUAUAUGUGCUGAAGAUGAUGUCUGGGAUGCUUAUGUUAAGGUACAUCCUGAUGCAAGAACAUACCGCAAUAGAACUCUCCCAAAUGUCAACAAUUUGUUUUUGAUAUAUGGAAAUGACAACACUGAGCAAAGGCAAAAUUACUCUGGUCACUCUAUGGAUGCUGAGGACUAUGAGCUGGGAGUAAAUAUUGUUGUAGGUGAAGAGAAUUACCAGUCCCCUGCUAAUAAUGAUCCUCUGAGGAUAAAUUGGACAAGGGAAAUGGACCGUUAUUUUAUUGACCUUAUGUUAGAACAGUUGCACAGAGGGAAUAAGAUUGGUCGUACGUACAAUGCUCAAGCUUGGACCUGGAUGAAUGCAACAUUUAGUAAAAAAUUUGGAUUCCUUUGUGGUAAAGAUGUACUAGAAGAUCAGUAUUGGAGCUUGAGGAAAGAGUAUACGGACAUCACAGAUACCCUCAAUCAUAAUGGCUUUGCUUGGGAUGGAAUUCACCAAACAAUGACAGCUGAUGAUGAUGUUUGGGAAGCUUAUAUCAAGGAUCAUCCAGAUGCAGUUACAUACAGAGAUAAGAUCUUGGGUGAUUAUUGUGAUUUGUGCUUGAUUUAUGGUAAUGAAAGUCAGCAUGGUAGAUCAAGUUAUUUCGAUGUAAAAAUGGAGAUCAACACCGACACCCUGGGGAUGGGGAUUUACGAUAUAUUUGGAGAUACACAAUCUCCAAUUACGGAGUUUGAAAUAUCUCAUCUGAGAAGAAAGCGAAAAUCUGCUUCUUCAUCAACCUCAGGAUGUAUCCAAAAAGUUCGGAUAACCAUCAAGAAAGAGACACAAGAGGCAGUUGAGGGGAAGCCAUGUGUAGUAAAAACAUAUUUGGGUACUGAGGAAGACAAAGACUACAGCUCAAUAGAAUGUAUAGUUGCAGCACUUCAAACCGUUCCUGACAUGGAUGAUGAGAUCUUCUUGGAGGCUUGUGAACUUUUAGAAGAUGAGAGAAAGGCCAAGAUGUUCGUGGCCAUGGAUGUCACAGCACGGAGGAAGUGGUAAUUGAAAAAGCUUCGAUGGUAGCAUCUAUUUUUCUUGUUAAUGUCAGAUAUAAUUUUGGUACUUUCUUAUUGGGGAGUUUUUCCAAUGUAAAUCAGAUCCUAUAUUAAUGUAAAGGCAUUUUUCAAUGCAAUUUCCUGUUUGAUUUUUUUAUUGAAAUUGGGAAAAAAAAAGGGAAUUGAAUUUGUUUUUGCUGGGA